AUGGAGUGGAACGUCAUUGUAUACGACAAGCCGGGUGCAGACAGAACCCCAGUGAGAGCACAGCAUCUUGCUGCGAUUCCUGCUACUGUUAAUGCUGGAAUAGUCACUAGUGCUGGACCCAUUUAUCACGAUAUUGAAAAGACAAAAUUUGCUGGAAGUACUUUCCAUCUUAUUGCCAACUCCAAGGAGGAAAUCAUUGAGUUUCUCAAGAAGGACAUUUACUAUGAAAAGGGUAUUUGGGACAUUGACAGCGUAGUAGCUCAUCCCAUGGGAGUCGCAGUUCGCAAGCAAAAAGACAUGCCUGGAGUGAAAUUUUAG